AAAGAGGUCUGGACAAAUCCACUUGUUCGUUCUGCAUGGGCCAGGGUCCCAAAUUGAACUUGCCAUAGAUGAACGAUGAUGCAAUACAACGACUCGUAUCUGAAUAUCAAUUAAUUCCAGCUUUUAAUGGUGGAUCAUCGCUAAUAAGGGGUAUUUAUCAUCCGAGUCCCCCGGCCAGCCGAACCAGCCAAGUACUUAAGCAUCGCUCGAGUAUAAAGCUUGCGCUGUUACGAGGCCUGUUUCAUUUGGAGAUCCACUGUUCGCUGAUCCUCUAAACCAACAUGGCAUCCUUCUUUCUUCUCGUUGUGUCAGCGCUUACCAGCUUUGUCUCCGCAGGCCUCUUGGCACCGCGUCAAAACACUACCUUGGUCAACAUCACUGCCCUGGAGAAGAAUGUGACUCCGAGGUCGGGGUCGGGUGCCGUGAGUGCGGCAGGGACGUUGUCGCCCUUCGGCGAAGUAGGUUUAGGGUGUGGAAUCAAUUGGCAGGAAACGCAGUCCGUUGGCGGUGACUGGGUUCCAGGAGGAUUGCAAGCUGGAUCGGACACUUUUGGAAUGGGUUCGGGUUUAACUAUCACCCCUGACGCUAUGAAUGUUGGUCUCGGCAUCAGUGUCAUCCCCGCUGACUUCAACUCGACUGUCAGUGUUGCAGCUGCGGCCAAUGGGACCAUCACUCUGGUGUUUGCCUCGACAGGAAAUUUCAGCUGUGAAGACACGACCGUAGAUGGCAUGAAGGCUAUGAAAUGCACCUCCAAGUAA